GGGCGUUGUGCGAUGGAUUUUGUCGCAGUGUCGGGAUGGACGGUUCAUUUCCAGAUGGAAUCUCGAUCACAUUUGACACGUUCUCUCCACCGCACACGAACAGCAGUACCAGCAGUGCCUACGAGGACGAGGAAACCAGCGAAUACGACGAAGCGCAUGCUGCAGUCAUGUCGACGCCGACCGUAUCGACGUCGUCCCCAUUCUCACACGUCAUGGGCGCAUGGUACCUUGGAGACAUCAUGGACAAGAUUUAUGCAUUGGACGCUGCCACUGGUGGUCGUGUUCGUGACGUCCUCGCAAAGCUGCGGUCGCGUGCGUAUGCUCCGGUCGCGUUGGACGCAUCCUGGGCUGUCAUGUAUUGCAGUAUCUGCCACCGCUACACAACCCAUGACACCGCCCACCACUUAUGCCGAAUAUGUCAUCGUGUGGGUGUACACACGACCGCGAAAUGCCCCGUUGCCUCACCCUUCGUCCUUGACUGCUCCUUCUGCGGCACCAUCCCGACUGGUCACUCUACCAACGACCACUGCUGCGUGAAUUGCUACGCGCGCGGACAACACAGCUCGUGCGGGAUCUCGAUAUAUGACGUCGCAGUGUCGUGGGGCAGCCAAGUCGCACCUUCUUCGAAACCUGUGUUGGAGUUUACGCAGCAAAGCGACAGUACAUCUACAGACCUCAUAAAUGUCUCCGCAGAUGCCACGACUACACACUCGCCAGCUUCGGCUUCUGCUCAAUCCUCAUGUGCGUGCACGUUUUGCGGCAGCACACACCACAACACAGCCCGUCACCGUUGUCGGCGGUGCCACACUCAGGGAGACCACCGAUCGGGCCAUUGCCCUGCGCCAGCUAUAGCGACACCAUCACCACGCCAAGCUCCUGACGCGGAUUUGACCCCACCAGACUACAAUUGUGGUCUUUGCGGUGGCGCCCACCAUGACACAGCACAGCACCGCUGCCGCCGUUGCCAUGUGCAAGGCCAACAUCGAUCCAGCCAAUGUCCCAGAGCAUCGACGCUCGUGUCGACCCUGCUCGGCCCAACCCAAGCCAUGGUGACCCAAUACAUCUCUCGCAGCAAAACCCUCCAAGACACACUCACAUCGCUCACACCGUGGACAGCCGGGGCAACGGCAAGUGCAUUUCUUCUGUCAGACAUGGAACUCCGGCUUCGGCAAACGCUCCAACGCCUUGGCCUGUGGGGGGCCGGCUCCCAGACACCGAUCGGUACACCCACGAAUCCACCGCGGUCGCCGUACACCACCGCGACGGCAUCACCAAGUCAUGCAACGAGCGAUCUUGCCAGUGGUAGCUAUCAAUCUGUAGUCGUAUCGUACCGAGAAGGAUCGAGCGUCGUACCGGAUCGCAUCGUCAAGUUCAUGCGGCUUCUCAUGCACACGAACGUGUCGACGAAUGCAUUCCACGUCGUCGUGCACCCGAAUCGCUGGGACGACAAACGACCGGGUACGUGUAGUUCCUGCACGUCCGCAUUGGUGGAGCUCUACCAUUUCCCAGCGUCGACGCAUCGCAUGUGCACAUCGACCUCCGCUUGCGUUGUAGGUAUGGUUAGCCCCAAGUCGCUGCCGCCAUCGCCCCGACAACGAGAAGCGUACCAAGCUCACAUGAACCAAUACACCAACUCGGUUCUUGUCGGCGCCAAGGUCAAGCUCCUUGCUCUCCAUCCAGUGCAGCCACCACCUUCCGCGACUGGUCGGUCCAUAUAAUGCGAACGCCGCCGCCAUCUUUUGGCGUCGCUUUUGGUGAAAAAACAUGCUUUCCCCGUUCUCGUGCACGAGUUUGAAAGAAUAUAUGCACCGACCCGCGCUCCACUGCGACACAUCGAAGCAGUAGACAACCCACCGUGGU